AGCCCAGUAUCGACAUCUUACCAAUCAGUCUUGGGUAUCAGUUACAUCCCACUACAUUCGUUAAUAAGUGUCUAUCACAUCAGCCGCAGAAUCAUCGCCAAGAUGCCUCUCCCUUUGGAAGAGCAGGUUGCCCUCAUUCUCAAGGGCAACCCCGGGGAGAAGCCGGAAUUCUGGGAAGCAGUGCUGAGAAAGCUGGUUACACUUUUGCCACGCACCGAUCGAGAUGCGCUCGCUUGCAUUUCUGGUCAAUUUGCUGUUGCUGCUAGAGACCCAUCAUGGAGAGAAGUCAUUGGGAAGUCGGGGCUUCUGUCAUUCCUUCUGGACACUGUUCCCGUCUACUAUGACGGUGUCUUUCAAGGGUCUCAUCCACUCAACAAACAGGCUUUGAGGGUUAUUGCCAAUGCCUGUGUUGACAAUGAUGAGAACAGAAAGGUCGUGGUCGCCUCUGGCAAGCUGACAAACAUGCUCAAGAUGUUUCUCUCUGAGGACCACCUUCUCCCUUUUGCCGUCAUCACCAUGCUCAACGUCUGCGUAGAUUACAGCUCAGCCCAACUCCAAGUCUCCAACGCAGCACUAAGCAAAGUCCUCAUCGACCUCAUCUCCGGCGAACGCCUCCGAGCAUGCGAGGCCCACCUCACCCAAAUCAUGACCGUCCUUGAACUCCUCACAAACCAUGAAUCUGAGUUCAAAAUCUGCUACCCCCGCACCCCCGCCGCCCUCCUCACCCUGGCCAUCAACAAAGAGAACCGCCUCUCGUCCCCCCUCGAUCGGGAAAUCUUCUUGUCGAUCUGCACCUCUGCCCUCUCCUACCUCGUCAAUAGAGGCCUCCAGAUGUUUUUUAUCCAAAACAAGCACUUUAGGCUAUUGCAAGAAGCGUUUUUGCAGUCGUAUAUCAGGUUUGAGACCGCGGGGGAGGAUGUAGAAGAGGAGACGAAGCAGCAGCUGAAGCAAGUUCAGCAUGGAUUUGUGACGCUCUUUGCGGAUAUUACCGACGUGGAAGGGUUUGGGGAUGUGUAUGGGAUUGAUAGUGAGGAGGUGGGGACGUUGGUGGGGUGGUUGGAAUUGGAGAAGUUCCCUCAGUUGCAGAACGCGGCUUGUUUGGCGUUGGGGAAUUUGGGGAGGAGUGAUGAGUCGACUAAGAAGUUGUUGCCGAGAGUUGGUGAAGGGAUGGUGAAAAUUUUGGGGAGGUCAGUUCCCGGGAAGGUGAGGCAGGGAGAGCGGCCGAGCUUGCAGCUGACGCAUGCUGCGUUGGGGUUUGCGAAGAACUUGGCUAUCCCGGCGGCGAAUAAACCGGUGUUGGGGGAGAUGUUGUUGAAGAGUGGCAUUUUGGCUGGGUUGUGGGAGGGGUUUGGGAAUAGUCAGCCGAGUAUGAUGUUUGCUGCUGUGAGCUUGGGGAGGUUGUUGCUUGUGGGGUGUAGGGAGAAUGUGAGGUUAGUUUGCAAGCCGGUGUCGAUUGCCUCUGACGAAAAGGAUGAGAACGGCCUGGCUUCAGCGGAGUCAUCUUCUCAGGGGGGGACGGCAACAUACAGGACGAACCUUGACCUGUUGUACCGCUCGGCUACUGGCUCUCCAAACGAGGAUCCUACCAAGCUUGAGGCUGCCAGGGCGGUGGUUUCGGCGGUUUGUAGAGUCUUGUCUCAGGAUCCCGGGGUGUUGGGGUCCUCGGGGGAGCUGGAGGAGUUCUACAAGACACACUCGGACAUUAUUGCUGGGUCGUUUACGACGAUGCUCACGCAGGCAAAGUGGCCGUCUGUCAAGUCGGAUGCAAUUACUGUUUUGGCGCUCAUGGCGAGUCAACACCCUGAGGGGUCCAACAUGGCGCUCAAGGUGGUGGAAGACACGGCAGCGGAAGAGGGGGUCUUGAAGGCGCUUGUGAAGGCUGCGACGGGGGAUGAUGAGAUGGUGGGCAAGUUUCUUGGGACUGGUGACAACAGAGUGGAAGAGCUUGAAGAGGAGAAGCAGGGUAAGAAUGAUGAGGAAAAAGAAACAAAGGAAGUUUCGGAGUUGGUCCAGGGGUUGGGACUGGAACCUCAGCAGGCUAACGCCCAGGCGCAGAAGCAGCCAGAGAGGAUGGUCAAGGUUGACAGGGAGAAUGCCCUAGUGCUGAUAGCUAUGUUGCUAGGGAUGUUCAAAGAUCAGAUGUCACCUGCUAGGAGGAGGCUGGUCGAGGCCGUGCUGGAGAGAGGAGGGGAGUUGGUGGUGAAGGAUAGGGAGGGGACGAGCCAGGUGUAGGAAAUACCUGGGGGAUAUGUGCGCAUGUCUUCGAGACCUCCCACGCCUGGAACCAUGUUGGAGGUGAACACUUGGGGGUCGAACUCCCCGUUUGGCUUGCCUGAGGGGGGACGCUUCUAUUAUCUCGUAUAAAGCCUGGAUGUGUGACUGUUCAGAGUUGAUGGAGGUAUAUCAGUGGCAGUAAACUCCAGAGGGACAACCUGUACAGCGUUGUAACAGCGAAACAUGUAAACAGCAU